AAGAUGCUGUAUUUGGUUAAGACUUAAAACCAUUUUGGUUUUAGGUUUUGAAAGAACAAUUUGGAAGAUGAGGAAACUCGAACUUAGGACGGCGACAUCAAAGCAAUCAUUUUUUUUUUUUUUUUUUUUUUUUNCUUUCUUGUGUUCCGGAACAACAACAAUGGACGCAAGACCCAAUUUUUCUUAAAAUCAGGCCAUUAAUUUCAAUUUUUUUCUUGAUUUCAUCGUCUUCGGUGUUGGUCUUGUGAUCGAUCAUCCAUCUCCAGGGAGAAAGAAAGAUUCAACAUUUAUCAAUAAUAAUACACCUCUCUCUCUCUCUCUCUCUCUUGUGGUUUUGAUUCUAUCGUAUCGUAUCUCUUCUUCAAUAUCCACUUUCCAUUCCCGAUUUAACGACUUUCUUAGUUUCUAUCUCCCUCCCAUGUCCCUGACCUGACCCCUCUCUCUUAUCUCCUUUUAAAGUUUUUUCCUUUGAUUUGAAUCGAAAGAGGAAACAAUGAGCAAGUUCGGAGACUUGAAUCCGGCCUUCUCUGGUGCGGGUCGUAGCAGCAGCAACACCAAUAAUAAUAAUAACCCUGACGCGAGUUUCAAUCCAGCGCCGUUUUCACGCUCUUCUUCUGGUCUCUCUAAGCCCAGAUUCUCCAAGGUGAGAAGGCAAGUAAAGUCUCAGAAUUUUACGAAGCCCUCGGUGACUUCUGAUUCUUUACCGGGUCAGAGUUUCAACCCGUUUCAGUUUCGUGGGUCUUUUUCCGGUGAUCCAACCCCAAGUGAGAUCGGAUUUGGACGGAGCAGCAGCAAUGAGGGUUUUGUGUUUGGAUCAUCUACUCAUGGUUCUGGUGAAGAGAUUGGGACAAGGGUUAUGGAGGAAAUGGGAAAGUUGAACAUGGAAGGUGAAGAAGGAAAGGAUUAUCUUAGGAAGAAUGAACAUUUGGCUUCCAGCUUUAGUUUUUGUGUGAAGAAGGGAAACAACUCUGUUUUUGCAGCGAGUCAAACUGUAGAAGAUGAUGAACUUCCAACUCUGUUGAGUAAUAAACUGAAUUUUGCUUCUUCUUCUUCGAGGAGUACAGGACAUGUGAUCCAGGAAAGUAUGGAGAAGUUGAAUAUUUCAGAGAGUAUGACUGAUGAUCAGAAACGAAGUAAUAACUUCAAAUCAAAAGAGUCCAUGGAUUAUGUUGGGCAGAAGAUACUAUCUGAUGAAUUGAGUAGAAAGUUAAGUGUUGGAAGUAUGAAAACUGAUGGGAACCUUUCUGGAGAUUCAAUUCAGGGGAGUGUGAAUGAUUUGAACAGUUCAUGUCCGAUGAACUAUAGUUUUGUAGGUACACAGCCAAGUGAACAUCUGAAUCCUACAAGUGUUCAUGUUGUAUUCUCUGCAACAGUAAACAAUCCCAAGUUUAAUUUUGUGAGUAAUCAAGACAGUAGGGGGACAGGUUUUAUGGAAUUCAAGACCCCCAAUUCGAAAGUAAACCCAUUUUCUAGUUUGGACCAGAAAUUGGGGUUCAAUGCGAAGAAGGACUAUGUUGGUGCCACGAGAGGGAGAAGGAAAGGAGGUAAGCAGCCUGUGAAAGUGCAGCUAAAUAUUGGACAUGAGUUUGCUUUUGCAGAAAGUGCUUUUCCAAAUGGAAGCAGUGAAGCUCCCGAGGCUUAUUCACCGAUGGAUGUAUCUCCAUAUGAGGUGACAGAAGAUUGUAGAGACUUUGCUGCUGAAUCAGAUCAGUUUCUGAAUUCUGAAAAAGGUCAUUUCUCGUCUGAUAUACCACCUACUGCUCCAAAUGAUGUGUUUGAUGCAGAGCUAGUUGCUGCAACUGAACGGAUGGAAAUUAACGAGGGGGAUGAAGUUGAUAACUAUCAAGCUAAAGAAUUUAAUACUGGGAAAUGUGCUGAUCACGAAGACUUUGCUGCAGAUUCUAUAUCUGGAGCUGAUACUGAAAGUUUUAAAUCGGCAGCGGAAGAGAUGGAAACUAGUAGUGAAACUUUUGCUACAGCUUCAGAAAGUGAGGUUACUUCACGAUAUAAGUCUGACACGCAAGAAAAUGAUGACCAUUCGCCUGGUAAUACAGGUGCUGCUAGCUCCAGUUUUACCUUUUCUGCUUCAUCGUUUUCGGGAGUGCAGGGGCAACUAUCAACUUCAAAACGUAUCAAUAGGAAGAAAAACCCAAUUAAAAUUGGGCAGGAUCCAUAUAUCUUAAUUCCAAAUGCAACACUACCAUUAAAAUCUUCACAACAUUCGCCGUUAACUGGUGUGCAGUCACAUUUUUCCAGUGGGAAACCUAGUGAACGGGAUCCGCUUACUCGUCUACACAAGCCUUUUAAUAAUUCUGUGAUGGACAAAGCACGAAUCGAAAAAGAUGUUUCUAAUGCAGCACAAGAGGCAUGUGAGAAGUGGCGACUAAGAGGAAACAAUGCUUAUAAAAUUGGAGAUCUUUCCAGAGCUGAGGAGUCUUACACUCAAGGGAUUGAUUCAGUGCCUACAAUCGAAACUUCUAGAAACUGUCUGAGGGCGUUGAUGCUUUGCUACAGCAACCGUGCUGCAACGCGUAUGGCCCUUGGAAGAAUGAGAGAAGCAAUAGCAGAUUGUACGAUGGCUUCUUCAAUAGACUCCAACUUCCUUAAAGUUCAAGUCAGAGCUGGAAAUUGUUACCUUUCACUUGGGGAGAUUGAAGAUGCAUCCAAGUAUUUCAAGAAAUGCUUGCAGUCCGGAAGUGACAUCUGUGUGGACCGUAAAAUUAUAGUAGAGGCUUCUGAAGGUCUACAAAAGGCACAGAGAGUUUCCGAAUGCAUGCAUGAAGCUGGCCGCCGUUUGCAACUUAGAACAUCAACUGAUGUUGAGAAGGCUUUGGAAAUACUGGAAGAAUCUCUUUUGAUAAGUUCAUACUCUGAAAAGUUACUCACCAUGAAGGGAGAGGCACUCUUAAUGCUUGAGAAGUAUGAAGCAGCAAUAAAGCUUAGUGAGCAGACAGUUGAUUUGGCUGGAAAGAAUUGUCGUCCAGAUUCUUAUGACACUCACAAGGAUAUAAAUUUUAGAAUUUGGCAGUGUCAACUCAUGCUUAAAUCAUAUUUCCAUAUGGGAAAGCUUGAGGAAGCGAUUGCUUCUCUAGAGAAGCACGAGCUACUAUCUGCUACAAAAAGAGACGGAAACAAAACUCUUGAAUACUCCAUUCCAUUGGCUGGUACUAUACGUGAGUUGUUGCGCCUUAAGUCGGCAGGGAAUGAAGCCUUUCAGUCUGGACGACACACUGAAGCAGUUGAACAUUACACAGCAGCCCUAGCUUGCAAUGUGGAAUCACGUCCGUUUACAGCUGUGUGUUUCUGUAAUCGUGCUGCUGCAUAUAAGGCUCUUGGUCAAUUUUCCGACGCUAUUGCAGACUGCAGCCUUGCUAUUGCUCUUGACCAAAAUUACUCAAAGGCUAUUUCUAGACGGGCAACGUUGUUCGAGAUGAUUAGGGAUUGUGGACAGGCAGCAAGUGAUAUGGAGAAAUAUGUUAAUAUUCUAACCAAGCAAAUGGAAGAGAAGACCUCUGGAAUUCAUGACAGAUUCACAAGUAUGGCCAAUGACAUAAGACAAGCUCGCGUACGACUUUCUGAACUGGAAGAGAAAUCAAGGAGAGAAAAUUCAUUGGAUAUGUACCUCGUCUUGGGUGUUGUACCAUCAUGCUCAGCUUCAGAUAUCAGAAAGGCGUAUAGGAAGGCCGCACUCAAACAUCAUCCGGACAAGGCUGGUCAGUCUUUGACAAGAAACGAGACUAAAGAUGAGAGGUUAUGGAAGGAGAUAGGAGAAGAAGUGCGCAGAGAUACCGAUAAAUUGUUUAAAAUGAUUGGGGAAGCAUAUGCUGUGCUUUCAGACCCUGCAAAGCGUUCUCAAUAUGAUCUUGAAGAAGAAAUGCAUACUAUGCAAAAGAGACGUGAUGGAAGCAGCACAUCUGGAGCCGACACAGAUGUUCAUUAUCCUUUCAACGGCAGUAGAAGAAACUGGAGAGAAGGAUGGAGUUCACGUAGAGACCCAUCCGCUCCGAGGUGGUCUGAUCAAAGCCGAUCAAACAGAUACCCAUUGUAACACUAUAAUCACCUCGAAGAUAUCUUUUACCAAAAUUUCUCAGCAGCAAAAGUUGAGUCCUCCUGCAAAUACUCAGACCGGUAAGGCGCUUGAUAGUAAUAUCAGAUGGUCAGAUUAACACAAGAUGCACAAAAUUUACGCAAGUGAUGGAGAAAAAGGAGAGUUCUCUCGGUUGUAUACUCGUUUUGUUCGUGAGGUAGAGAGACAUCUCCAUUGCUCUCCAUGUGAAGAAACAGUGUACAGGGGUCACAGGGUAAAGUGAGUGAUUGAUGCAGACAUACUAUAAAGAUUUUUUUGUUUGUUUAUCCUCUUUGGGGUCAAGACUCGAAGUGGUCUCCCUCGUUUGCAGUUCUUGUUUGUUUUAACCCUUUUGAUUUGUAGUGGAUUAUCUCACUCAAUUCAUUGAUUUCUGCAAAAAGUCAUUUAGAUUUGAUUUUGCAUUCAAUACAAAUAUAUAUUGUUCGA